AUGGACAGACGGCGUCUUUAUACGGAUGAGGAGGAGAGUGGUCCUUUGGCGGAGCUGCUGAGGCGCCACGGGCCAUUUACCUUCGAGGCUCCUCAAGAAUCGCAUAUAGGGACUGAGGAGGAGGAGAGUGGUCUCUUGGCGGAGAUGGUGAGGCUCCAGGGACAAGUUGAAGAGCCCAUUGUGGCAGCAGCCCUCGUGUGUCCGCCUACCCCACUUCUCAAGGUGCCUCGAGGCUCCAAUGGGAGCACUGGGCAGGCGCUGUUGAGGCGCCAGGGACAGCUUGAGGAGCUCGCCAUGGCGCCUUGCAUGUAUCAGCGUCGGCUGAAUGUGAACAGUAUGGCGGUAGCAGGCGUUGGUGGUGAUGUCGCUACCAUUGAUAAGUUUGGUGCAGCAUCGGCCUCUCUGGUGCAACAGCAGCAAGUGGCGGUCAGAAGCUGGGUGGCACAGGCUGAGCUGGCAGGGCUGUCUCUGCCGCCCGAUUUGAUCCAAGAAUCUGUGCAUGCCGCCCGUUACGCGCAGAUGCAGAUGCGGAUGGAGGAGCAAGGGGGGAUGGGCGAUUCUCGUGUGCAUGAGAUGCUUGAGUAUUCUCAAGGGCACGCUGAGGUGGAAAAACCAGCCCUGGCUUUCCCGGUGUGGCUGGAGGAGGGUAGGUGCUUAGGUGCAAGCCAGGAGGAGGGGGGGGUGCUGGAGGGGAUGCUGAUGCUGGAAGCUUUGAUGUUGCAGGAUGGGGGGAUGCAGGAGGGAGGGAUGAUGUGGGGUGGCAGGAUGGAGGGAGCGAUGCUGCACGAGGGAGGGACGAUGCAAAGUUGUUCUUUUGAGGCGCCUCUAGGGUGCACAGUACAGGAGGGACAAGGGAUGAACAGCAUGGACCCUGCAUUGUCAGGCGGCCUUGCCGGGCCCGCCAGCGCCUGCCUUAACUCACACGACGAUGCAUCUCUUGCGGCCUCCCCAGCAUCACGCCUUGCUGUUGCAGCUGUUGCUGCUGCUGCCUGUCCGCUCCCUGCUUUCUUCACGCCCACCGCUCUUGGUGUUUGCUGCACGUCUGGCUGUGCUGGUGCUUGCUGUUCACCUGCUGCCACUCCUGGUGUGUGCCAUGAGGGAGAAUGGGGUCACGCCGUGACAGUGCAAGAGCCUCCUGCCACGUGGACGUCCCUGAUUGGUUCGGAGAAGGUACUGCAGUGGUCGAAAGUGAGGGGAGUAUCGGACGAGAGGGAAGUGAUUAAGGCAGAGUGGGCGGUGAGAAAGGAAGAGACGGGAGUGAAAGAGGCAAAGCGGAAGGAGGGCGGGUGGGAAGGGGAGGACUGGCGACCGCGCAUUCGAGCACGAUUGGAUGGGCAGGCGGUGGGGCUGGGAUGCAUACAGGCCAGGAGCAUGAAGGAGAGGCACCGCCGCGAUCGCAUCAGGAGAGGCCUAGAGAAGAUUCGUAGGGUGCUACCCCCAUCUCUCACAAGAGCACAACUCGAUACAGCCACAAUGGUGGAGUCUGCCCUCUCUCACAUACGAGACCUACAGGUCCAAAUUGAAGCAUUGGAGAACUCGACAGGUGCUGCCGUCAAAACACCGAGAUGUGCAGCAGAGGAGGCAGCAUGUGGCUCAGCAACGCCCUAG